AUUGUCUCUAUGGAAACUUGCAGCCUGCCGGGGGAAUGUGACGGCAACGGAACCUGCUCAGUGAAAGGACUCUGCACAGUGACCGGUCCCACUGUCAUUGACUUUAGUGGACAAAUGAACUCUGUGUCUGACCUGUGUGAGUACUCUCUGCUGCACGAUCAGUCUACUGGAUUCUCUCUGAAGGCCAACUUCCUGGACCGUCGUCGCAGAGAUGUGAGCUUUGUGGACAGUCUCACUCUGGACUUCAGUGAGAGAGAUGACAUUCAGCUGCUGCAAGGACACAGAGUCACGGUAGCAGGAUCACCUGUGACCCUCACCAGUUCAGUCCAGACAUUUAGUGGAGUUGAUCUCUCCAAGGACCAGACUGGAGUCACUGCCAGUAUUUCAGUCAAUGGCUUAUCUGUGUCUGUGUUCUUUGAUGGAACCACAGCUCAGAUCUACACUGAAACAUCUGCUGGUGGUUCUGUGAACGGCCUGUGUGUAGAUUCCAGCAAUGUGUCAUCUUCAAUGCUCUCCAGUGACUCCAGCUGUCAGGAUCAGUAUGAAGACCCUGCUGAUGACACCACUGACUGUGAUGCUGUCACUCAACAGUGUAGCAUCCUGAAAUCUGCCCCGUUCUCUUCCUGUAACUUAGACGUUGAUCCAGAGCCGUACAUUAUAGCCUGCAGAAGUACUCUGUGCAAAUAUCCUUCAGUGGACAAUCUCAGGUGUCAGUUCCUGAAGGCCUAUGCCAAAGCCUGUGAGAAGAAACAAGUUGACCUGCAGAACUGGUGGACAACAGCUCAGUGCCAUCACCCACAGCCCAUCUGUGAAGACAAAUGCAGUGAUCAUGAGUUCUGUGGAGAAAUCCACGGAAACACCGACUGUCGCUGUAGAGCCAUUUUUGCCUCCAAGUUCACUGAACAGAACCGACUGGGAGGUCCAACUGUCUGCCAGGACAACAACGCUUCACUCAGUCUGGUGGGUUGUCUCCUGAAGGAAAAUGGCAUCGACUACACUCACUUACACCUCAAUGACCAGACCUGCACAGGUGUGAUGGACACGGACAGUCACAUGGUGACUUUCAGCUUCAGCAGUGACAGUUGUGGAACGGAGGUCACGACCAAUAACAGCCAGGUCAUCUUCUCAAAUGCAGUUGUGACCCGGAACAGCUCCUCAGACCUCAUCACUCGUCAGGAUAAAGUCUUCAUUGAGUUCUCCUGCAGCCAUCCUAAACCUGAGUUGCAGAACGUAGCCUUCAAGAUUAUAGACAACUCUGUGGAAGUUUUCCUCCAAUCUGGAGAAUGGAAGUACAGCGUGACCAUGAAGGCUUACUCUGAUGCUGCCCACACCCAACUUUUGGAUCCAAAGAGUGAUGUCAGGCUGAACCAGAAGAUCUGGAUUGUUCUGGAGACCAAUGGUCUGGAUGAAGAUGUGGUUUCUGUGGUGACCGACUCCUGCUGGGCAACCAGUGGAAACUCACCCAACAGCGUUCCCAGAUACGACCUGAUCAAAGAUGGCUGUCCAAACACAGACGAUGGAACAGUUAAUGUGAUGGGAAAUGGAGAAGGAACCUCCAACUCCUUCUCCUUCAACAUGUUUGAGUUCUCUGGAAAGGAACCUUCAGAAGUCUACCUUCACUGCCAACUGCAGCUGUGUGUUAAGAAGAACAACAACUGUGUGCCGGGUUGUUCUGCUGGAGGUCGGAGACGCAGAUCUCUCAGAUACAGACGUGGAGCUCCAGCCUUGAUCAGCAUGGUCUGGACUCAUUAGGUCAGACUUGAUGUCACAGAUGGAAGAAGCAGGAUGCAAAGCCACAUGAUUAAAGAAGUUUGACCCUUUUAUAAUUAUUUUGAAGCAUCUUCCAUUCAUUGUUUUUGUUCUGUUCUCUUUCCAUGUGGUUUCCACAGAGAUCAUGACCUUUCCUGACUUGAUCCUGAACCCAAAUGUGUGAAAGAAUCUCUGUUCUUACUGCGAGAAAGUAGCUUCCAAAUAAGAACCCAAACUGUUGAUUUGGUGGUGAAGUCUGUCAAAAAGAAGAGAAAAAACUCAUCUUUCAUGUCACUUUGAUCAUCUGUUUGGUUCUUGGGUAAUGACAUGGGAAGGAGAAGUGUUUGAGUUUUCUUUAGCUUUUCUAUACAAUCAAAAAAAUUGAUUUCUGAUUAAGAAAAAGACUUGUUCAAUUUGAAGUGACUUAUACUGCUUCAUUUUAAAUAGGUUUCUAUUUCCUUUUCAAUUAUAGGUGAAAAUGUAUGACAAUAAUGGCAAAUGUUUGUACUUGUAUUUGUUUUUGUGGUUGGCUUCAGUUUUAAGCAUUUUAAAAGCCAAAUAAAUAAUAAAGAAAAGUUGUGGUUAUAAAAGGCUGAAUUGUCAAUAUUAUUUUCAUACUUGGUCUAAAUUUUGAUGGAAUAUAUUAAAGUUUUAUUUGAUAGUAUUAACAAUGAAUAAGAGGAAAAAACAUUAUUUUUAAAAAUAAAAUAAAAAAUAACACCCCCCCCCACCCCCUUGACCCACACA